AUGAAAUUUUCAACUAUUUUCGGAGCUGCCACAGUCGUGUCUGCCGUUUUGGCAGCCGACGUCUCAAGUGUGAUGACCACUAAAACUAUUACAGUUACGAACGGUAACAACGUUUAUACUAAGGUUGUCACUGAUACCGCUGACCCCAUCAUCACUUACAGUACUACUAGAACUGUCGUUGUCAGCAAUAGUGCUGGUACUUACACAAAGGUUGUCACCGAAGGUCCAGAUUCCACUUCUGAAAAGAGUACAACAAAAACUCUAACCUUGACAAAUGGUUCAGGUUCAUCAACCAACCUUUACACCAAGACUGUCACUCAACCCAUUGAGUCAUCCACUUCUACCUCUUCUUCCUCCUCUUCGUCGUCUUCUGCUUCUUCAUCCGGUGCUGCUCCUGCUGCAUUCCAAGGUGCAAGCAUUGGCGCUUUGGCCCUUGGUUUACUUUCUUACCUGUUAUAA